AUGGACGACCAAACCGACGAGCAUCAGUCCGUCUCCCGGCCAUCCACGGCACAAAGAGCCGAGUCGGAAGACGAGCCCGCAUCUCCGUCGAAACAGCUCCCUGACCAACCGCGCCGUGGUACCGACGUCAGCGCGCUCAAGCCCGAAAACAUUCCCCCGCUUCACCCCCCGGCCCUUGCUGUUCCUGAGAUCAGCUAUCUCGAGAGCCCUAGCAUGGACCUGAAGCACUCCGAUUCCCAAGCGGAAAUCAUCGUCCGCCAGCACUUGCAAGAUAUCGAGUCGAGCUUCAACGCCCCGCUCUCGCCCCUUCCAACUUCCAACAACGGCCUCGAUGACACGUUUGUUUUCGACUCGCCCUCCAAAAAACCGGCCCCUGAACGCUCCCGGCCCAACGCAGACGAGUCUUUCGACCGGUCGCAGGUGCUACCAACCCUGAGCCGCACCGAAUCGAGAGCGUCAUAUGGCCAUGCCCCCCGCUCCCAGGCGAGCCAUGAAGAAAGCCAAGAAGGGCCUUCGGCCGAGGCAGAGCCGGCCGAGGCAGAGCACGCCGACGCAGGGCAUACCCCAGGACAGGCACUCAAAACCGCGAGACGUCCCAAGUACCUAAGGAGUCGGAUGGGCAGCCAACGAUCCUCGGUAUCUUCGCUUCUUACGGAUCCAGAUAGCGACGUGACUGUUGGGGCGGGUGCCGACUACGCCCUCCAGUCGGGCGGGGCUGCGCCUUCCUCGGGUUUGCCAAGGAGCUUCAACAAUUCCCUGUCCAGGUCCAUUAGUAUGGGAAGCAUGGCUAGUGGUAUUGAGGACCUGCACGACUCCUCGGGUCCCGCCUUUGGUCAGCUGGAGACGCUCGAAGAGGUUGACGACAACGCCUCUCCCCAGCCUGCGGCCCGGCGCGAAGCAAACCGGGACCAGCUACACACGCCAAAGCCGGCCAAGACCGCAGCACUUGACGCCCCGACCGACACGGUUAUCGCCCGUCAUGUUAGGGACGUGCAGGUCCCAGAGUCGCUGGCCAAGGAGUACAAGAACCGAGGGGGUUUGGUAACCCCGGCGCGCCCGGGGACGUCCGAUGCGGGCGGUUUUGGAACGUCCACGGCAAGCCGGCACGGCAGGAGUCUGACAUUGAAGGAGCAGAGCAGCACGAUUGAGCGUCUGAGCAAGGAGAAUUUUGACCUCAAACUCAAGGUCAUGUUCCUGAGCGACCGGCUGGACAAGCUCUCCGAAGAAGGUAUUAAGGAGAUGAUCUCGGAGAACGUGGAGCUCAAGACGGGCCUGGCCGUGCUCCAGCGCGACAACAAGAUGCUCCGACGGCGCGUCAAGGAACUGGAGAAACAGCUCAAAGACGAGGAGGAGCGGCCGGGGACGGCUAAGAGCGCCCAGUCCGACGACGAUCAGAGCGCUGCUUACGAUCAGGAGGCUCGGGAACGCGAGGAGGAGAUAAUCUACCUCAGAGAGCAGCUGGAGGAAUACGUGACGGAAAUCGAACGGCUCAGGAACGAGAACCUGAACAAAGAGGCUGAAAAGCGCCGCAUGGCCGAGGUGGUGCGGGCGCUAGGAGAGAGGACGGGAGAGCGGCUUGGUGAGCACCUUGAGCGCCAGGAGGAGGCGGACGUCUGGAAGGACUUGCUCGAACAGGAGACUGCCAGGAGGGAGCAAAGCGACGAAGACAACCGCCGCCUGCGUGACGAGAUCUUCCGACUCAAGCAGGAGCUCGCCGCCCAGUCGUCUAUCGGCCCGAUGCAUCACACGACAAACAUCUACAACAUCACCAAGAAGUCUCGCGAACGGGCCCUGUCUGCCACCAGGUCAGGGGCGUCCGCUUCGGGGGACCCGGACGCUAACGGGGUCAUGAGCGUUGCCAGCACGCUCGUCGAGGAGCUCCGGCGGGAGACCGAACAGCUUCGCCACGAGAACGCCGAGCUCCGUCGCGAGGUCGGAGCCCAGACAUCGAUGCUCACCUCGAGGAAUCGCGAGAAGGAGCGGUUAUACCAGGAAAUUGAGGAUCUCAAGAUGGCGCAGCGACGUGGCGCCCCUGCCCCGUCCACCAUUGACAGUCUUCUGGAACGGUCCGCCUCCCGUGCCGGAGUGCACGAGCGGUCGCAAUCCAGGGCCAGCGGCACCACACGGGUCACGAGUACCACGGUUGAUGAGGCUGAGAUCGAGGAGCUCGAGAACCGGAUGUCGGAGCUGCGAGACAAGAACAACAGCCUAAAGCUGCAAAAUCAAGACCUGCAGAGGGAACUGGAUGCUUGUAUGGAGGACUUUGAGGCGGCGGUCGAGGCUAAGAAACAGGCCGAGGAGCUGGUUGCGGCGUUGCAAGAAGACCUCGAGUCGGCCAUGAACGAUUUGAUGGAGUUGCAAGCCGAGCGAGACGAGGCGCUACAGGAGCAUUCCAACCUCGAGAACGAAUUCGAGGCCCUGAGGAAGGAAGCACAAGAGGAGAUCGAUGCGCUGGAGGGCGAGGCCGACCAACGAACUGCUGAGAUCGAGCGGCUGCAGCUCGACCUCAACGACCGAACCGAAAGCUUCGACGCCCUGCAAGCCGAGAUGCGCAAGAUGAGCGAGGCGCUGGUGAGACUCGAGGACGAGCAAGAGGCCAAGCUGCGCAGGAUACGAGAGCUUGAGCAGGAACUCGGCGAUGCCAACAAGGAACUCGAGGAGCUCGAGGCGAAGCUUGUGGAGGCCAACGACAAGGCCAACCGGCUCUCGGUGCAGCAAGAGUCCAGCCAGGGCGAGAUUGCCUUCCUGCGGGAGGAACAGGAGAGCGACAAGAUCCGCAUCGGCGACCUCGAGGCUGCGCUCGCUAAUGCCGAGCAAUCUCUGCGGGACGAGAAGGAGCGCGCCCGGGAGCUCGAGCAGAGACUGACGAAUGAGCGGCGCCAGCGCGAAAUCGUGGCGAACCGCGAAAAGGAGGAGGUUCAGCAGUUUGUCAACGAGCUGAACAAGGAGGCGUCGGCAGCCAAGGACGAAGCGAGGAGGUUGCGGAAGAGCCUGACGAGUAGGGAGGUUGAAGCGACCGAGUGGAAGGAGAGGUUGCUUGAGCUGGAGAAUAACCUGCGCGAGGCAUUGGGCGACUUGAACGGGACAAGCUUCCAGAGCAAGGUCAAGUCCGUCGAGAAGGAGCUCUGGAGGGAAUAUCAAACCCUCGAAAACCAUCUCGAGCAGCGCACCAAGAAACUCGACCGCCUCGAGGCCAUCGUGAGAAACGGCAUCGUCACGGGCCAGAUCAAUCCUCACUCGCACACUCUCAGCGAGACCCAGGCUCGCCUUGCCCGUCUCGAGGACGCCUACCGCCAGCUCAAGGUCGAGAACCACACGCUCCGCGCGGCAGCCGAGGCCCGACGCGCCGCGUAUGCCGCAGCAUCAGCGGAACGCGACGGUGGCCUCGACCCCGCCGGGGGCAGCCCGUCGCCUUCGGUCCCGACGGGACCCAAAGCCAAGGCCAGUGCGAGCAAGAUCCCCAAAUCGGGUAGCAGGAUCACAUCGGCAAAUACUAGUUCCUCUCCGGGCCCGGGCGCGGUCGUUAGUGCGCCCGGGGGAUCGUCGGGAGGCGGGAGUCUGGAGCCGAAGUUUAUGUUGCGGCUGCGGGAUCUUGAGAAUAAACUCAAAGCGGAACGCGAGGGUAGGAUAUUGGAUCGGGAAGAGGCCAGGAAGCGGAUCAACGCGACCGAGCACGAGGUGGCGAUGCUGAGGGAGAAUCUGGAGAGGGAGAAACGACGGGCAGCGGGGAGGUAG